CGAUGUCCGAUCUCUUGCUUCAUGGGAUUAGCAUGUCCGGUUUAAAAAGCUAGCAAACAAAAAUGAAAGGAAAGAAGCAAUAGUUUGUUUUGUUCGAAAUCUUCCACUCCUUCUGGCAUUCUCUUUUAGAAGAAUUGCGUCGAAAAGAAUUGAAACUUGAAAGUAAUUGCUCAGCAUGGAGACAUCCCAAUCUCCCCCUAAGCUGAAGAAGGCUGUCAAAAAAGUGAAGAAGAAAAAGAUGCCUUUGGCGGCUACUGCAAGGAAAUAUAAUAUCCCUGAGAGAACCCUCCGUGACAAGGUUUCUGGACGUCAUUCCAAGAAAGGUAUCAAGGACACCAACAAGAACACACCGUCACCAUCCACCAACCAAAACGUUAAAGAAGAAAACACACUAUCAGUUGAAGAGAAACCACAAAGGGUCAAGAAGCGCCGUGCAGGCUAUUCACAGGAAGAUAUGGAGUUAGCUGUCAGAAUGGUCAAGAAGAAAGAGAUGACGUUAAGGGCGGCUGCGAAGAAAUUUAAUGUUCCCAAAAGCACACUUCAUGACAAGGUUUUGGGACGUACUGCUGUUAAGUGUAACACUGGGAGGGCCUCCUUCCUUACAGCUGCAGAAGAAGCCCUGCUUUCAAAUUGGGCUCUGCAGACGUCCGACAAGGACACGCCGUCACCACUACCCAUCAACCGAAACGAUAAAGAAGAAAACCCAAUAGCAGUUGAUGAGAAAAGGGUCAAGAAGCGCCGUGUAGGCUAUUCACAGGAAGAUAUGGAGUUAGCUGUCAGAAUGGUCAAGAAGAAAGAGAUGACUUUAAGGGCGGCUGCGAAGAAAUUUAAUGUUCCCAAAAGCACACUUCAUGACAAGGUUUUGGGACGUACUGCUGUUAAGUGUAACACUGGGAUGGCCUCCUUCCUUACAGCUGCAGAAGAAGCCCUGCUUUCAAAUUGGGCUCUGCAGACGUCCGACAAGGACACGCCGUCACCACUACCCAUCAACCGAAACGAUAAAGAAGAAAACCCAAUAGCAGUUGAUGAGAAACCACAAAGGGUCAAGAAGCGCCGUGCAGGCUAUUCACAGGAAGAUAUGGAGUUAGCUGUCAGAAUGGUCAAGAAGAAAGAGAUGACUUUAAGGGCGGCUGCGAAGAAAUUUAAUGUCCCCAGAAGCACACUUCAUGACAAGGUUUUGGGGCGUACUGCUGUUAAUUGUAAAUUCGGGAUGGCCUCCUUCCUUACAGCUGCAGAAGAAACCCUGCUUUCAAAUUGGGUUCAGCAGAUGUCCCGCAUCGGUCAAUGUCCAGCCAAGAAGGACAUUAUUCAGGUGGUAAAGAAGAUUCUUGAUGACGAUGGCCGUGAGACUCCUUUCAAGAACAAUCAGCCAGGCGAAAGAUGGUUUAAUCUUUUCCUCAAGAGGCAUCCAGAGCUUGCUCCUGGGACUCCUAUAUUAAAGUCUAAAGUGCCAAACCUUAACUUUGUUUCUCCAGCAUUGUACAAACACUUAACAGUGCCUCUUGCCUCGGACAGCCCUCGCCUCAAGAGGGAGAACACCGAUGAAACCGAUGACCUCUCAAAUAGUGUCAGAUUAAAGACCAGCAGAGAGAAAAAGUCCAAACAGACAGAAGAAGAGGAGAGUGUAACCAUCAAGACAAACAUUAUUACCAUUGUUGUAAAUGGCAAUAAAAAGCCUGAAGUUCAUGUGAGAUAUGGUGAAGAUUUGGACCUGUGACCUGUUAUUGUAUCCCCGAACAGAGUUCGGAGGAUACUAUGGAUUUGGCCUCGUCGCGCUGCAUCUGCCGCAGAGAUUUCCUUGUGAGCGCUCUACCAGCUCAUUUCUUCUCCGAUCGCCUUCA